AUGGGGCUGGCGGAGGCCAAGGAGGACGCGUUUGGCUCUACCAGCGAUGGCGGUUGGCAAGCUGGUACUGCCACAGCCACGGUGAGUCGCUGUGGGGUGGGGGCAGGUGGAAAGGUCGAUAUUGCCGCUGUGGGUCGCUGUAGGUUGGGGGCAGUUGGAGAGCUCCGCACCUGCUUCUCCUACACCCCCACUCGCAGACUCACGCCCCUUCGGCGGUGUCCUCCUCCCCGCAUCCCUCUCAUCAACGCACUGCUCCCCUCCUGUCGUCCUCAGCUCCGCUCCGCACCUGCUUCUCCUGUAAUGGCUUCUGCCCCAACACCUGCCCCGACGGUGGCGGCGCACUGCGCUGCGCUCACCCAAGGAAGGACUGUCUCUUCCUCUCCCCUUCCCACCUCCCGAACCCUUCCCCCAUUGUACCUCCAGGUCUGCGCACCUGCUUCUCCCAUACCGACUCUGGCCCAUGAAAUCCCGCCCCCGCAGCCACGGGCGCACUGUUGGCGGGGAACCUGCGAACUGCUGAGUGCAAUUCAUGCCAAGGCUGCACCUUCGCUUCACCACCCAUUACCCUCACCCUCCGCCCCUCCCCCCCUCCACCCCCUCCUCUUCCGUCCCCCUCCACCUCUCCCUCCACCAGCUCCGCCCCUCGCCAACACCAACCUUUGGCUCACCGACUUCGCACUCCUACAACACCGUCUCCCACAUCCCUUUCAUAUUCCACUUUGCUGUCUACCCUUCCCAACUCUUCUCUCCCCCCUUCCCCCCCCCCCCCCCACACACACACCCAACCCCCCCCUUUUACUCCCCUCCAGCUCCGCACCUGCUUCUCCUGCACCAACUGAUGCCCCACUGACUCCCACCCCUACAACGAGGGCGCGCUGCUCACCCCCACAGAGGCUGCAGGCGAAGGUGAGCGAGGCUGCGGGGUGCGCCGUGGCGGUUUUCUUUCUCAAGGGCGAGUGGGGGGAGUUGCAGGUGCGAGGUACCAAGGAAGUGGGCAGAUUGCGGGUCACCGGCAGGUCACUGGUGUGGCUGCAGGCGCAGCUGGCUGGGGCUGUUGAGUGCUCCGUGGCGGCUGGACCCAUCUGGGCGAGGCUGGACCCAUCUGGGCGAGGCUGGACCCAUCUGCGCGAGGCUGGACCCAUCUGGGCGAGGCUGGACCCAUCUGCGCGAGGCUGGACCCAUCUGCGCGAGGCUGGACCCAUCUGCGCGAGGCUGGACUGCUCGGUGCCCCUUAAGGUUGGAUGCGCAGAAGGAGGAGGUGCGUUAACCUACGUCACACCCCUCACCAUUUUUGGGAUGCGCCUGCAGUCCCUCGAGACUCUGGUGGUCAUCAACUGCUCGACCUUAGACGAGCUGCCUGACGACUUCGGCGCCCUCACGGCGCUCAAGAGCCUGUGCGUCGCGGAUUGUCGCUCCGUGGUGCUGCCUGACGACGUGGGCCAGCUCACCAACCUGCACACACUCUUCCUCAAAUCCUGCACGGAGCCCCGUCUGCUGCCGCCCUCCGUCACGCAGCUGGCUUCACUCGCACGCCUGGAGCUUCAUGAGUGCGACCUGGCCGAGCUGCCAGAGGCCAUGGGGGGGUUGACACGCCUGCGGAAGCUCUACCUCCUGUCCUGCCCGCGGAUUCAGCAGCUCCCAGAGUCCGUGGCAGCGCUGCUGAGGCUGGAAGCCCUCGUGGUGGACGAGUGCAGCAGCCUGUUCUCCGUCCCCACGAGCCUCAUCAAUCUGACGCGGCUGAAGCAGCUGGAUCUGACCGGCUGUGCGCUGGUGAGAAGGGCUCCGGAGUGCCUGCCGGGGUCGCUGGAAACGCUCAGGCUGGGGAGUUACCAGCAGGUCACCCAUCUGCCGGGCACCUAUGCUCUCCCCCGCCUUAACACUGUGAGCUUCAGCAAUGUGAUCUUCCCCACUGAUCUAUCCAGAAGCAGUCUCUCCUCACUGGAGCACCUGAAACUCAUGCUGGCAUGUGAGGGCGAGUUCCCGUUCCCACUGGCGGACCUGCCUCGCCUGCGCACCCUCACGCUCAUCAGCACGGGAGUUGUGAGCCUUCCGGAGUUUUCCAGCUGCACUUUGCAGGAGCUGCGUCAGCUGGAAAUUCUCUUGCCUGAAUUGACGGAAAUCCCAGCAACCAUCGGAGCUCUCCGAAAGCUCACCUACCUGGAAAUCAAAGCUCCCAAGAUGCCUUCCCUUCCCGAUUCCAUCGGGGCACUGUCCCGACUAGGCAAGCUGAUUCUCUCCAACUCCCCCGCGCUCACGCACCUCCCUGCGUCCCUCACGCAGCUGGCCCGCCUGCGAGAGCUGCGAGUGCGCAAGGCCGCCAUCACAUCCCUUCCUGCCAACUUUGCCUGGCUUAGCCGGCUGCAGGUGCUGGACUUGGAGGGGUGCAAGCAGCUGGAGGCUCUGCCGGAAGACGUGGGCCAGCUGAAGCUGCUGGACCGCUUGAUUUCCGAAGGGUGUGACAGAUUGUGCGACCGUGAAGGCAGGCUUCGCGUCGCGGGAGCACGGUCUUUGUAUCGGUGGUUCUAA